CUCUCCAUAGCGAUAAACCCUACUAUGAUUUCCCCCCAAAAUCACUCCAAUCACAAUUCGAUUUCAUUUCCUUCAUCGAUUUCAAUUUUCCAGAUACAUAAGAAAUCCUCACACUAAUGCCGCGGUACUACUGUGAUUAUUGCGACACUUACUUGACUCAUGAUUCUCCGUCUGUCAGAAAACAGCAUAAUUCUGGCUACAAACAUAAGGCAAACAUAAGAUCCUACUACCAAAAGUUUGAGGAACAACAAACUCAAAUUUUGAUUGAUCAGAAGAUCAAGGAACAUCUUGGGCAGACAGUAGCAUACCAACAGAUUGGUGCAGUUUAUAACCAACAUCUUGCUGCUUUUCCCGGAGCAAGGCCACGCCUACCUGUCAUGCCGCCUCCUAUGUUUCAGGGACCCCCUCAGAUGGUCCCUGGUAUCAGGCCUCCAAUGUUGCCAAUACCUGUUCCUGGUGCUCCUGGUUAUGGAAAUUCUCCAAUGGCGCCAAUGCAGCCUCCUCCUGCCCCUUCACUGCCUCCGCAAACCGGUGGGCUUCCACCUCCACCAAGUACGAGUACUCCAUUACCAGUUCCAGGAGGACCUGAAGGAGGCCAACCCUCCAGCUCUAGCGGUCCGCCUCCUAAUGCUACUCAAAUGUUCAAUGCUUAUCCCCCAGGAACUUCUGCUACUUCUGCAGCUGCCAGUGGAUAUUCUUAUCCACAGUACUCCCAAACUGGUCAUUAGUUUACCAGCCACAGCUAGAUUAUUGACGAACAAACACACUGCUGCGGGCAGCGUGUUGUAUCAAGCAUCCAGUGGGAUAUUUGAAUGCAUUUUGCAUUGAUAACUGUUACUGCACGCGCUUGAGCUUCACUGUGAAAAGCUGCUGGUUGAGCAUUAGAUAUGUGAAUUGGUGAUGGAUUUUCUUGUAAUUUUGUGGUGAUUUUUUCUUUUCUUUUAAGGAUCACACACUACGUAGAAAAAUGUGUAAUUUUUGUUGCUAAAAGUGGUUAAAAUUUUCUGCA